UAGCCCAGGCGCCGCGGGGCGGGCGGGGACAGCGGAAACCGGAGUCGGAGACCCUGGAGGAACCGAAGGUCCAGGCACCUGAGGACAGCGGCGAGCCUCGCACGCUUGGUGGACGGGAUCCCCAAGUGACCUGUUGAUCCACUUGUAAACCACUGAACGCGGGGCUUGGAUUUUUAAACCUCGUCCAGCGGAGUAUAUUCACCGUCACCCUCUUGCCCCUUACUUUCCUUCCCCUCCUGAUUCCCCCUUCCGCCCUGCGCUUGGAGCAGCGUUGUGAGGGCACCGGGGUUGAACUUCAACCUUGAGUCUGAAAGCCUGGGCUGCUAGCUCAGUCUGGUGCAAAAGCUGGACCAGAUGAAGGAUCCGAAGCAGAGGAGCAGAUAUGUGAAACUCUUGCAAAGGGGGCUGGGGAAAACAUAACAGCUGAAAGCAGCCUGGAAUUCCCCUAGUAAGCAGACGCCCACGUAUUUAAAUGGGGAGGGGUGAAUACAUGCAGUUGAAGAUUGAUUUACAGGCUUUAGAAAAUUUGCGUGUUUACCUGUGUGAGAAACUCAUAGCUGAAAGACAUUUUGAUCAUCUACGUGCAAAAAAAAUACUGAGUAGAGAAGACACUGAAGAAAUCUCUUGCCGAACAUCAAGUAGAAAAAGGGCUGGAAAAUUGUUAGACUACUUACAAGAAAACCCCAAAGGACUAGACACCCUCGUUGAAUCUAUUAGGCGAGAAAAAACACAGAACUUCCUAAUACAGAAGAUUACAGAUGAAGUGCUGAAACUUAGAAAUGUAAAACUAGAAUAUCUGAAAGGACUAAAAUGUAGCAGCUGUGAGCCUUUCCCAGAUGGAGCCACAAACAACCUUUCCAGAUCAAAUUCAAACGAGAGCAAUUUCUCUGAAAAACUGCGAGCAUCCACAGUCAUGUACCACCCAGAAGGAGAGUCCAGUACAGCUCCCUUUUUUUCUCCUGUUUCUUCUCUGAAUUUGCCUGUCUUGGAAGUAGGCAGAACUGAGAAUACCGUGUUCUCCUCGAGCACACUCCCGAGACCUGGGGAUCCUGGGGCUCCUCCUUUGCCACCAGAGUUGCAGUUAGAAGAAGGAGGAACUUGUGGGAACUCGAGUGAGAUGUUUCUUCCCUUAAGAUCACGUGCUCUUUCACCACAGUGACGUCUGAAUUUUUCAAUAGUAAUGAAAUAAUUUUAAAUGAUAUGAAUCUUUUUAUAAAAUAACUAUAUUGAUUUACUUACAUUUGAUAUGUCUUUUGUAAAACAGUGUAAGCAUAUUUUGUAAAUAGAAUACUUUAGAGUAAAAGAAAUGUACUUUUAGGGUAGCUAAAUGUGAAUCAUGUUGGUCAUUUUUUUUUUCAGUAUUUUUUGUGAGUUUUUCUCUUUUUUUGGUGUUUUAGUACUUUCAAGUGUAUUAUGUUGUAAGGUUAAUUUUAAUAGGGGUCAUUUCUCUGUUUGGGAAUAAACUUUUAGGCUGGAAAUAAUGUUUCUCAAAGCUUUAGUACUAGACAUUUUCAGAGUUUGUCUUUUCCAACCAUUUAACAGUAAAUUUUCAGCAUUAAGCUGUUCCUAUUUGGUAAUAAAGCCAACCACAAAUGGGAAAACUUCUGUAUACUGAAAAGAAUCUCUUUCCCAUUUGAUUAGUUUUACUUGUCACUUUCUGAUUCUGGGGGAACAUAUGAUAGAGUUUGAGCCCCUUAAGAUCCAAAAUUCAUUCCGUAUUAACCUUACUAAUUGAUACUACUUUCUUUAGAUUUUUCAGUCUAUAUCAUUUUAAUUCCAAAAGAAAAAUAUCACAGUGGAAGCAGCCUCAAGUAUUAUGUGUAAUUUGAUGAGAUUUUUAAAAAGACUUUUGUCUGUACUCUUCAUUGUCUUUUAAAGAGUUUUACCAUACAGUUGAAAUAACUAGAUCUGGGGUGUAUGUGUGUUAGUUUUGCUUUUUCAUACUGUCCUAAUCAAGCAGACCAUUAGCUAGAUUUAUCCUUUUGUUGUAUAACAAGAUUUGAUGAAUUUUACACAUUUUUAAAUCUUAUCGUCAUUGUUCUCUUUUAAAUUAUAAUUCAACCUGUUUCCGAGAUCCAUCUCCUAACAUUACUAUUACUAAAAAUAUUAUAACUGGAAAUUUUCUAUUAAUAAAAGUUUUUUAAUAUAGUGCUAUGUUUUAGAGUUUCAAAUUUUUCGAUUGGAAAUACCUAAAACACUUUUUAAAAUAUAUGCCAGUUUUUUAUAGAAAACAUUACUUCAAAGUGUGAGAAAGCUAGGCAUGGUGGCAUGUUUAUAAUCUCAGCAUGGUCAGAGGCAGAGGCAGGAGGAUCGCAAGUUUGGGCCUAGCCUUGGCAAAUUAAUAACUUAGUAAGAGCCUGUCUCAAACCAAAAAUUUUAAAAAGGGCUGGGGAUUAACUCAGUGUGA